GACAUCACCAACUUCUUUCUAGGUUACGAUCAUAACACCUUUCAAUAUGAAAUUUUAUUUAACUAUUUUUGGAAUAAUUUUAGCUUUCGGCUUAGUUUCAGGAGUAUCUAUUCAGCGAUUUAUAAUACAAGAGGUGACUGUUGAAGUAUAUCCAAAUCCUUAUGUUACAAAUGUUAACGUAAUAAUAAAUGGACAGCAUAACGAUACAGUGACAAUUAAGAUACCAAUUCAUAAGGAGCUUCCAAAUAAUAUAAUUUUAAGCAAUUACAUUGUCUAUAAUGGCGAACCGAUUCCACCAAUGAAAGGUGAAUUAUGUAAUUUAUUUGAUGAUAAAGUGUUUGCUCCAAGUGUGUUGGAAGCUGGAGUACCAAGAGAUGAAUUUCCGAAACAAUGCCCUGUACUUCCGAAUAUGAAUUAUACUAUUCUCAACUAUGCCAUUUCACCGGAAGAAAUACCACCUGGAUUACCUGAUGGAACAGUUAUUACUGACAUUUAUGUAUCACUUGAUGGUGAUGACAGUAACCCAUUGUUAACAAUCCAUGCUGAGUCAUUAUUACAUACUGAUGUCCCAGAUCCAUCUUCACUAAUGGGCUGAGAAUUAGUUCGGUUGAUUAAUUAAUGGAUACAGAAAAGACAGAUACAGAUCGUUUUAUUCUCAAUUUACAUGUAUUAUAAUAAAUUUUUACCAAAAGGCUAAUAUCUAGUAAAUUCAUAUCUCU